GAAGGCCCAAAGGCCUCCCGCGUCAAUUACACUCGUGAAGUGAAAAGUAAUGAUUUCAGCCGAACAAGCAUCAAACACCAACGCUGAAUCAACGAGCGAUCAGUCGCUGAAGCUCGCAGUUGCAGUCUCUCUUCUCCGAUCAAAGCUCCUACAGAGGCAGGCUCCGUUGCUUGAUCCUCCUCCAGAAUCCGACGCCCUCCGUUGGAAGCGGAAGGCUAAAGAGCGGAAAGAAGAGCUUCUUCGACUCAGAGAAGAUCUCAAGGAAGCCGAAGAUGCUUCGCACUGCGAUUUGUUCCCGCAAAGUGCUUCUUGCAAGUGUUAUUUCUUUGACAAAUUGGGGAAACUAAGCCCUAAGCGGGACGAAGAUGGCUGUGAUCGCAGAUUCAAUGACGUUCUUCGCCGGCGAUUCCUCAGACAAGUGCGGUUAGGGGAAAGAAGGAGAACAGAUGCUCGAAAACAACGACUUCGGUUUCGAGAUUUAAACAUCGAAGAUGAAGUGGAGCAGCUUAGGGCCUCCAUUGAUUUUCUUGUGGAGUUGUGCGACACUGCAUCUCCUUGUUUGCAGGGGCAAGAGGCUAAUUUUGCUAACUGGUCACAUCAAGCUGUGGAUUUCAUUUUAGCUUCUUUAAGGAACCUAUUAUCAACCGGAAAGAACAUGAAUUUCAUUGAAGAACUUAUUAACAGUUUAAUCAUGCGAUUGGGUAGAAGGAUGUAUUCUCCUUCACAAGGAGAUGAGUCACAGUUCGACACUGAUGCCCAGUUCUAUAUUCAACAUUUGAUCCGCAAGCUUGGAAGUGAAUCCUACAUUGGGCAGCGUGCAAUACUUUCAGUUUCUCAAAAGAUUUCUGUGGGAGCAGAGAAUUUGCUCUUCAUGGAUCCAUUUGAUAAUGCUUUUCCAAACAUGCAUAGAUGUUUGUAUAUUAUGAUCCAGCUUCUUGAGUUUUUGGUGUCAGAUUUCUUGUUAUCUUGGUCAAAGGAUGAAGGCUUUGAUAACGUGCUGUUUGAAGAGUGGGUGACAUCUCUCCUUCAUGCUCGAAAAGCAUUAGAACUUCUGGAAAGCAGAAACGGGCUUUAUGUCAUUUACAUGGAUCGAGUUUUAGGCCAACUAGCUAAACAAGUGGGCCAGAUCUCGACAUUCCGAAAGCUCAACCGAGAGAUUUUGGAUAACCUUUUCUGCUGACCAGAGUGUAUGAAAUCUAUAUGCUUGCAGGUAUUUCCUUUCUAAUCACUACUGUUACUAAAGGCAAGUUUCUGGAGAAUGAUUGGUGCCUGGACUGACUUUUAAAGCAUGCUGUUAAGUUUGUGUUUGAGAGUACACGGCUUUUACUUCUCCCCAAGGUCUUUGUAGUUCUCCUUUCUAGAGAUUUGAUGGGAGUCUCACUUCUUCGUUGGUGUCUUAUGUAGUCCAUCGACCCCUUUUCUCAGCCAUAAAAAGAGGCCUUAGUUGCAUAUUAGAACUCACAGGGUAAAAAGUUAAAAUAAAUUCUUGGAAUACCUGAGAAAGCCCUUUUUUCUUUCAAAGCUUCCAAAAUACACCCUGAUCUAUUGUUAGCUGGAAAUUUUGAAAUUUCUAGUGUUUGAGUAGUAAGCUAAGCAUUGAUUG